AUGCAGGUGCUGGAGCAGUUUGGGUUCAGACAUGGACAGGAGGAUGUGGGCUUCGAACCACCGACCUGCUCUACCUCCAGAACCUCAGCCCUGUGUGUUAUCAUCUAUCUGUUUGCUGAUGUGGUGGAGGGCGAGACUCCUCUUCCUCUGGGCUCAACGUGUCGCAGGAAGCGUCUCCACUCUGCAGGUGAGGAUGAAGAGGAGUCCAGAAGCUGUGCCUCACGGCCGAACCCUGAGGGCUCGCUGUCGGCCAGCGAACUGAGCCGUUACGGCGAACCGGAGGAGGAGGAGCUGCAGAGACUGUGUCAGCGCUGCCACAUCAUGGCGUCACAGCUGAACAGACAAGCGGCUGCUCUGGCCGACAGCACGGCUCUGAAGUACCAGAGGAGAUUGUGGGUUUUCGGGAUCAGUCGUCUCCUCCGAGCUCCACACUCCUCCGUCAGCACACAUCACCUUCAACGUGGCCGCCGGCCGAGUCCAGAGCCGGAGUCGGUCCUCGCUACGCUAACGAGCAUCACGGGAGUCCGGCCUCUGUUCCGGCGCUCCGAGCCCGGAGGGCUGAAGGAGGAGCGUCACAGCGAGGAGACGACCGAGGAGACGACGGAGGAGUCAGACUGCGAUCCGCUGGAAAGACAGAGGUCAAAGGUCAAACCGAGGGCGCAGCUGCAGAGAGACCUGUCUGCUUCAGCUUCUGGCUUCACCCUGAAACUGACCUCAGUGCAGUUUAACACUCUGGGCUGUGCACUGCUGACGGACCCGGCUUACGCCUCCUUCCUCUUCGAUAAGCUGCAGCGCCUCCAGUGGCCUCGUCGUGGCCGCCAUGCUUCAGUGGACGCUCGCUGUGAUGUCUGCGGCGCCGCCUUCCACCAUCUGAGACGCCUCGCUCUGCGACGCGCUCUGGGCUUCAGCAGGGAGAUGACGCCUCGCCCCGCCUCCCAAGGUGUACCACCGCCAACUCCCACCGCCACCCGGCCGGCCUCAGACAGCAGCUGGGGGGGCGAGGAGCUGCCGGUGAAGCAGCAGAGAUGGUCGUAUGACGAGCAGCAAGGGGGCGUGGCUCCGUGGGGAUGGGGCGGAGUUCAGAGCACCUACCUGGGAGGGGGUGGGGCCACGGGGCUGGCCACAGUCACGCCCCUCCCUCUGAACGCACAUCACUACCUGGAGGGAGUCUGGAGAGUCUCCUGCUGCAGACCUGAACAGACUACGGGUCUGACUUCAGAGGGAGUUUAUGAGACCAUGAAGUAUCCGAGUCCUGACGUUAAACCAGCAGCUCACAGCAUCGCCACCCAGACCAGCCACCCGCCGUCUGCUGCAGCCGCCUUCUUCAUCAGGGCGGCUCAGAAGCUCAGUCUGUCCCGCAGGAAGAAGUCCCAGCCUGGCCCCGCUUCCUCGCCCGGUGAGGCCCCGGGACCCCUGCUGUACACCGGGGGCUUCAGCGGGGCCCUGCAGCUCUCCCCGCCCGCCGUCCCGCCAUGCCUCCUCCGGGCCGGGUCAAAGGUGAAGGACACUCCUGGGAUGGGGAAGGUCAGAGUGAUGGUCCGGAUCUGUUCGGUCCACAGCAGCGAGUCCUCAGAGUCCAUGUCCCUCCUCAAAGUGGACGGCAGGAAGAAGCAGCUGACUCUCUGCGAGGCGUCAGCCGGCGGACGAGGCUCCGCCUCCGCUCCAAAGACCUUCCUGUUCGACGCCGUCUUCUCCCAGGAUGCUUCGCAGGCUGAGGUGUGUUCAGGGACGGUGGCUGAGGUCAUCCAGUCGGUGGUGAACGGAGCCGACGGCUGCAUCUUCUGCUUCGGACACGCCGACCUGGGUAAGACGUACACCAUGAUUGGUCGGGACUGCUCCACCCAGAGCCUGGGCGUGGCCCCGACAGCCAUCUCCUGGCUCUUUAAAGUGAUGGAGGAGCGGAGGCAGAAGUCUGCAGCCCGCCUCUCCGUCAGAGUGUCGGCUGUGGAGAUCUCCGGCCGGGAGGAGACGCUCACCGACCUCCUGGCUGAACUGUCCUCCUCCUCAGCAGGGGGCCCCCAGGAGACCCCGGGCCCCGCUGUGUCACUGCGACAAGACCCCCUCUGUGGAUCCCAGCUGCAGAACCAGACGGAGCUGCGGGCAUCCAAUGCCGAGCGGGCAGCGUUUUUCCUGGACGCCGCCUUGGCAGCGAGGAGGAGCCACCGAACGCCGAGCGACCAGGAGGCCCGGAGGAACUCGCACUUCCUGUUCACCCUGCACCUCUAUCAGGAGAGGCCGGACAAGAGCAACAAGGCAGCAAUGUCCGGGCGGAGUCGUCUCCACCUCCUGGAUUUGGGAAGCUGUGAGACGGACAUCAGCAGGACCCGAGAGGGAGGCGGAGGUCAGUGCCUGUCUCUGUCUGCGCUGGGAAACGUCAUCCUCGCCCUCGCCAAUGGGGCCAAGCACGUUCCGUACAGGGACAGCAAGCUCACCAUGCUGCUUAGUGAAUCCCUGGGAAACAUCAACUGUCGAACCACCAUGAUCGCCCACAUCUCCGACUCCCCGACGAACUACAUGGAAACGCUGACCACGGUGCAGCUGGCCUCCCGCAUCCACCGCAUGAGGAAAAAGAAGUCAAAGUACGCCUCCAGCUCGUCCGGAGGGGACAGUUCCUGUGAGGAAGGCCCGUCCCAUCGACCUCCUCAUCUUCGACCCUUCCACCCUCGGACCGUGGCUCUCGAUCCGGACACGCCUCUGCUGCUCUCCAGUGAUCCUGACUACUCCUCCAGCAGUGAACACUCCUGCGACACCGUCAUCUACGUCGGUCCUGGAGGGAAGGCCAUCUCGGACCGAGAACUGAGCGAUAACGAGGGACCACCUUCCUUUGUUCCUAUCAUCCCCUCCCUCAACAAAAAGCGAGUCAAAGAUGCACCCAGGUCUGAUGGCGAUCACUUUAAGUGUAACACGUUUGCAGAGCUGCAGGAGAGACUCGACUGCAUCGAUGGCAGCGAGGGCCCCGCCAUGUUCAGCACAGAGGAAAAAGCAGCACAAGCAGCAGGGCUCGGGACUCAGACUGGAGCUACAAAACCCACAGAGGCAACGUUUCCCCCCAAAUCUGAUAAGAACUCUUCCUGCCAGUUCUUAGAAAGCGCACCAACCACAUGCACAAAUAAACCUGGCGGGGAACAAUCCAAAUUACCCUCAGCCAGCGGCUUCAUGGACACUUCCAAACGGACAAGUGCAGAUGGGGAGAAACUUUCAGCCACACCCUUUCAGCCUUGUACGGUAAAACCUGGGACUUUUCCCCAGAACUCAGAGCCUGUGGUGCGAGAGAGGGUCUACCUCAAAGGAGGUGUACCCAAGCCGUCAGCCUCACCGUCCUUACCCAGGACAUCCAGAGCAGAGUCUCAGCCUGGGGAGGUUGUUGGUAGGACUCCCCCAGUGGGUAUGAGUCAACAAGCACUGAGGCAAGGCCAACCACUGGGGCUCCCUAACACAGAAAGCGCCCCUCAUACAGGUAGAUACCCCAUGGAGGCUAACAAUCUGCGGGCAGCUCUGUUAGGAAGGGAUUUUCUGAGGACUACCAUUACACUGCAACAGCCUGUGGAGCUGAACGGGGAGGAUGAGCUUGUGUUCACGGUCGUAGAGGAGCUUCCUCAUGGCCUUGUGCCAGACAAUGGCCGACCCUCUAACCUCCGCAGCUUCAACAAUGACUGCUCUCGGCAGGCCUUAGCCUCUGGUACUCGCCCUGUGAGCAUCAUCAGCAGCAUUAAUGACGAGUAUGAUGCUUACACAUCUCAGCAUGGAGCUGUGGGAUCUGGGGCUGAUGUUGGCACUGAAUGCCAGGAAAUGUUGUUUUCCCAACGUGGCAACAAGCAUUCAACUGUUGGCUCAUGGCAAAGUGAAGUGACUGCUGAUUCGGCUGAAAGUGAAGGCACUCAUUCAACAAACAGGCUUCACUUGAGGGACAAAAACAUGGCAACAGAAAAUCCAUCCAUGCUGACCUCGCCAAGUAUAUUUCAUAAACAGCCAUUUUUGCAGCAUGGUAUCAAGAGCUCUCUGAAUGACAGCGGCGUCUGUUUCUCAGAGCUGGACAGUGACCAUGGUACUCCAAACAAACCUUCUUUUACCAAGUGCCCUCCCUCCAUUGACUCAACCAAAGCCUCUCUCAAAGGCUCUCUCAAGGUGAGAACCAAUACUCUGAACACUUCGGUGCCAGUCCAGAUUCCCCAUCACACCACCCAUUCCAGUCUUCCCAGAAAAACCAAGCCUACCUCAUCUGCAGCUGUGGGCUGCAGCAGACAGGAAGGCAGAAAUGAUGAUUAUUUGCUUCAGGAAAGCAGUGACUUUGAUUCCAGAGAGGUUGAGUUUCUCUCUGUAGGUAAGCCACCAAGAAGUGGCAUGAGUAGUGUUUUAUCUAAAAGGCCCGGAGGCAACAGUAACAGUGUACCUCGGCCACCAAAAGCACAAAUGUCGUCUUCAGCUCAGAGGGUUGUAGACGGCUGUGAGAAGUCCAGCAGCAGGAGAGGAGAUACUUUCAUCAAACUGCCUCGACUCACCCGAGGUGCAACGACUUUAGGCACUGUUUCUCUUCCCCAGAGCUCUGAAUCAAAAUGGGGUCAUGAGGGUACUUCAGUGACAGGUACCCUGAAGUUUUCAUCCUUGGGAAAAAAGUCCAUUGGGCAGAUAAGUAGUGUGUUCUCCAAGUCUGGAUCUGGAAAUAUCUUUCCUCCUGCUCCACCUGUCAGACAGUCAAGCCAAGAACAAAAGAUGAGGACUGUGAUAUCUCCAAGUGCCUUAAAAACAAGCAGCGACACUGGAAAGUCCCCAUUCCCUAAAACACCGACCUCAGAGGAAGAAUUCAACAUCAGGCUGCGGGCAGAUUCAUUCAGCCACAGGACAUCUAGUUUAAAAACUGAACAUUGCUUUGCCAGGACAUCUUCAAGCCUGAAGACACGAGGGGUCAAAGCAGAGUCUUCCAGGUACUACGGGAGUCUGAUGUCUCUGGAGAGGUGUGACAGUCAGACCUUAGCUGGGUCCAGGCCUGAGCUGUUCAGGGAGAACAGUGGCGCUACUUUGGGAGGUAACAGCAGAUCCAACAGAUCAGUGCCAAGACUCGGGGUUCCAGCCACCACCUCCACAUCCGCUCCUUCUUCCCAAGUUCCUCCUGGUGCUUUUGCAACUGCAAGUAAACUUGGACAGGUCAAAGGCAACAGCAGCUCACGAACAGCAGUUUCUGGUGGAUCAAAGGUACGAACUCUGUCUACCAGCAGUUCCAAGAGCCUGACCUCCGCCCCUAAACCUCUUGAUAAUGUAGCUGGACGCAACACUAGCCUACCUCCAACUGGUAAGUCCCCAGCUCGUUCAGUGACAGGAGCUAAGACAGGAAGAGGAACCAUCAUGGGCACAAAGCAGGCCAUCAGCAGAGCGGCUAACAGUCGGGUUAGUGAGCUAGCCACCGGGAGCCAAAGGAAGCAGCUCAGCAGGGGGCCUGGGGUAACAGGGAAUGAUGGCAAUGACAGCAGGACUAGUAGUGUCAGUGGAUCGCCAAUCAACACGCCACUACCAUCACCUUACAGCAAGAUCACCGCGCCUCGGAGGCCACAGCGCUACAGUAGUGGGCACGGCAGCGACAACAGCAGCAUCCUCAGCGGGGAGUUGCCCCCCGCCAUGGGCCGCACCGCCCUGUUUUACCACAGCGGGGGGAGCAGCGGCUAUGAGAGUAUGAUCCGAGACAGCGAGACCACUGGCAGCACCUCUUCAGCACACGACUCCAUGAGCGAGAGUGGAGUGUCCUCGUCCAAUAGAGGCAGGGUUUCUAAAUCGCCCAAGAAGAGAGGAAAUGGUUUCCAGCGGCGCCGUCUGAUCCCGGCUCCCCUCCCGGACACCUCCUCUCUGGGCAGGAAGGCGGGGGGUCAGUGGGUGGACCUGCCACCGCUGGGCGAGCCCUUUGAGAUAAAGGUGUACGAGAUCGACGACGUGGAGCGCCUGCAGGGGAGGAGGGAGGUGGUGACCGGGUCAGAGCCGUUCCACGAUGUCGAAAAGGGUCUGCUCUACUUUAACGCCCGGCUGAGGAUGCUGGAGAGGCGGCAGCAGCAGAUCAGGGAGCUGAAGAGCAAACACGAGAGGCUGAAGGUGGAGCUGGAGGAGGCCAAGAGCCGGCUGAUGCUCGACCCGGGCAAAUGGAGCGGAGAGUUCGACGUGGACCAGGACCUGGACCGGGAGUCCCAGGAGUACCUGGAGGCUCUGGCUCAGGCCACGGCGGACCUGGAGUACUGCGUCAACCUCUGCAAGUCCCGCGUCAUGAUGGAGACGUGCUUCGACAUCGCAGCGAUGACGGCCGCCGCCACCGUGCAGGGAGGACAGCAGGAAGUGGAGGUGUGAGAGGAGGGACCAGCAUGGAUGGAUUAGAGGACCCGGAUACUGAACCACCACUGGCAAUCUGGACACUGUGGGUACUCCUGAGGCCCAAAAGAGACGUCAGUAAAGCUGCUUCAGACGGGUUCAUUAUUAUUUAGCCGAGCUAGCAGCACUGCUGCAGGGACGCCAGCAGGUCGGUCCUGACUGAAAUAUCUCAACUAUUGCAUACCUGUCAAAAUCAUUUUCCCCAAAGUUUAAAAUUCUGAGAGAAUUAUGGGAUAAUAUUUAAACUGGAAAUAAUGAGAGAAUCCCAGGAAAAAUGAGAAGGAUGACAGGUACGCUUUUUGAUGGAUUGUCAGGACGUUUGCCAAAAGAGAAAGACUGAAGUCUCGGCAGGGGGGCGCUGGAGAGCUGAAGGGAGGCAAAGGUCCUGUAGGAGGUGGACCUGAGUCAGAAACCUCUCUCCUACUGCUCAGAGUCCUAACUCCGUCACAUCUGAACUCACAGAUGUGAAACACAUGUUGAAUCAUCCCGAGGAUCUCACCAUCUCUGAAGUCCGUCCAGAACAAAGGUCCAGAAAUCAGCUGCAGAACCUCCUGAGGAACUUCAUGUUUUUAAGUUUAGUAUCACAGUGAUCCAGUGAGAGCUUUCUGUGCACCAUGCUAACUGCUAGAAAGAGCUGCUGACAGCUAAUUUAGCUACUGUUAACAGGGACAGUUUGACUAAAUCUAAGAAAUACAGGCUCUAAAGAGAUUAGCGGUACCCACCUGUAGCUGUCCUGACCAGAGCGGGUUUCCUGUGGUUAAUGUCUGUGAAACGCCUCCAGAGCUUAGUGAAGUGAUUGCUAUGUGUGUGCAACAGGUUCUCACCUCAGUGCGUCAUUACCGACGCUUUCAGACAGCGUGACAAAGCGUAAUUAUUUGACGCUAAAGGAACCCUUCAGCUUGCGUACGAAACGCCACCAUUUGCUACGUCGCAGCAACACAAAGGAGGCUAACCAUUAGCCGGUCGACAUACAUAAAGUCAGUGACUCAGGUUAUCGGCACUAACAUCUCUGAUGGCUGUGGUAAGGGUUAAACACCUUUAACACGAACGUAGCUAGCUAGCUAGCACUUCCGGUCUGUACGAGACGGCAUCUCGUACAAAUAACUACGCUUUGUCACUUUUGCUGAGAGCGUUGGUAUUGGACGCCCUGAGAUGAGAACGGUCUGGUGUGUGACGUCAUCCUGUUUGCAGUGUUCAUUGAAAUGAUCGGGCGCCAUCUUUAAGUGCGGUAUCCAGUUCUUAUGAUCCAUUCGUGGCGACCAAUGAGAGGCGAGAAAGAGGAGAGAGAGUUUCUGACACCGGGGAAGGUCUGGAUUUAUCAUCCUGAGGGGAAAAAUUCAUCAAGACGUCACAGAAAAGACGACAUCGUUCAUACAAAGUAAAACCUCUGGAAACAAUGACGGCAGAGGAACAGACUGCAGAUCAGAUUAGAGAAGAUAAACAGAUCUCAGUAAGGAUGAAAGCUCUGGAAGUGCCUUUGUAUUUAUUAUCUAAUUUAACACAUUGAUUUUUCAUUAUUUAUCUCGUCUGUGUUCAUGGUGCUGAUCUUUAAAUCAAACUUCUAAUAUAUUCAUUAUGCAAAAAAGUGAUCUGAUUUUGGAGUAGAAAGUGUUUAUAUGAUAAAAAGAAACUUCAGGUUUCAGAAAGAAAUGGAAAAGAGGAGAUAUUAUCUCAAACCUCAGCCUCUGCCUUCAUCCUCCUGCAGUGUUUUCUGCCUUUGACACUGACUCAGAGUUUGUCGUCGUGUUUCUGCUGGUUUGAUGUUCGUCUCCAGGAAGACAACAACUCCGACAAAAUCUGAACACGCGGAACACAGAUUUUUGAUUUGCACGUCCCGAGGAGAUCAUUAUCUCUGACGUCCGUCGCUGAGAAACAUCGAUAAAAAUAGAAGCUGAAGAAGUUCCUGAGAACCUUCUGUUUUUCAGUUUCCUUCAGUAUCAUAGAGCUGUGAGUGAGAGCUGCCUGUACAUUGGUCACCUGACGAGUUAAAGAUCGUCCGAAUAUCAUCUGUUUAAAUAUUUCCAAAUCUGAACAACUCUUAAAUCGACUUACUUACUUUCCAGUUUUAAUAAAAAUGCAUAAAUGCAAAAGUCUUGAAUUCAAAAACAAACAGAAGUGAAACCUGAAGUCAGAGCGUGGCGUGUUUCUCCUUCUCCUUUGGAAAGUCCCUCCUCGUCCGUCUACUUUAACACAUUCUCAGGCUCUUUUUAAAGUUUGCUGCAUGAAAACGUUUCUUCUUCUCCUGUUUUAAAUGUGUGACCUUCUGCAUCCGGUCUGUGUUUCUGAGGUUGUGUUCGUUACAGAAGAAGAGAAAAGUUUUGCCAAACACAUGUUUUUACCGUGACGUUGCUCUACCUUUAUUGAUCUACGCAGACUUUUUUAUUUGUUUUGGUACUGUACAGUUUUAUAAUUAUUUGUAAAGAGAAGAGUGGAAAUGUACAGGAUGAGCGUGUCGGCCCGGGUCAUACGUGUUCAUAAAGAGAAGUC